GCCUUCGGAAAGGGGGUGCCUGGCUCGGCCAUGUCUCGUAGGCACCCCCAGGAUCCUCACUGAGCAGGCCCGCUGCAGACAGCCAGGGCCCGGCCCUCGGGCCCCCUCAGUGUCCAGCGGGUGGACUCUUGGAGUCUCCGCAGGACAUCAAGAUGGAAAUUCCCAUGGGGACCCACUGCCACUUCUCCAAGGGCCUCCUACUCUCAGCCUCAGUCCUGGCCCUCUGCAUCCUACAAGGCUCCUGGGCAGCCCUCCACAUCCAGAAGAUUCCAGAGCGACCUCAAAAGAACCAGAACCUCCUCCUGUCUGUCCAGGGCCUCCCAGACACCUUCCAGGACAUUGUGUGGUACCAGGGGGAGGAGACAGAUGGUGGCACAAGGCUGUUCUCCUACAUCCCUGAUCUACAGCGACCCCAGAGAGACGGCAAUGCCAUGAAGCAACGAGACAUCGUUGGCUUCCCCAACGGCUCCAUGCUGCUGCGUAACGCCCAGCCCAACGACAGCGGCACCUAUCACGUAGAAGUCACCAUUAACCCUGCCUGGACCAUGCGGGCCAAGACCGAGGUCCAGGUACUCGAAAAGCUGCCCAUAAGCACUGGGAACAUGACUGCCAUCAUCAUCGGAUCUCUUAUUGCUGGGUCCCUCUUCAUCGGAAUCAUUGCCUAUCUCCUGGUAACGAGAGGCUGGAGGGGCCGGAGCCAAAGAGUGUCUGCUCCAGAAUGCCAGGGAUCUUUGUCAGUCUUGUUCCCAGCUGUGUCCCCCGUGCCUUCAACAGCAUCCAGCUCAUGGAUGGCGACCACAGGGAAACCGGAGCUGGACCCCCGUCGUAACGGUGGUGACAACAACACCUAUGAAGUAUUGCCGUCUCCAGUGCUCCUGGUGUCCCCCCUCAGUGACCCGGGGUCCACCAACGCCACCACG